UCAAGAGUGGAGUAUGCUGAUGUAUUCAGUCUGUCUGUGUUUAUUUACUGGGCAGUUGUUUCUUAGAUGGACAACAAAUAGAACAGGGGUAUAUGGAAUGGGACAUGUUGUUAUUAAAAUGUGUUCUCUUACUCUGGGCUUCUGUGGGUGAAUGCAAGGCAGAAAUGAUGGUGGCCCAAGGCCACUUAACAUACACCUGUUACUGUUUCUGGAUGAUGUGUUUAGUGUUAUUUUACCUUUUUAUCAGGCUUCUCUGAUCCACGGGUUCACUAUCCUGUGUGCAUGAGUUAUGUAUUCAAAGCAAAUUACCUUUCAUUUCAUGCUUUUGCCCUGGAAUAUCGGGCAAGUAAGUACCACUGAGCUGAAUCUCCAAGUAAUGUCACUUAAAAAAUAACUUCUUUUACAUCUUUGAUUGUUUUUGCUGACUUGUAUGAAUUUAUACCACAUUAUGUCUGGUGUUCACAGACAUUAGAAAAGGGCAUUAGGUCCCAUGGAAGAGGAAUUACAGAUAGUUGUGAGCUACUAUGUAGGUGCUAGGAACUGAACUCCAUAUGAACUCUAUAUGAGCAACCAGAAUCAUUGAAUCAUCUCUUUAUUUCCACCACUAUCACUUCUACAAUUGGAAAACUUUAAGUGUAUUUUGAAAGAGAAAGAGCAGAAUGAUGCUAGAAUAUGUAUGGAAUGUGGGUAAUGAGUGUUUUUCCACUGUGUGUGUGUGUGUGUGUGUGUGUGUGUGUGUGUGUCUAUAACUACCAAACAGGAAAGGGAAGUCUGCAUGUGCUUCAUGGGAGAGCCUUGACUUUGAGUUACCUACUUUGAAUGGAUGAGUGAUAGUGAUAAAUGGACUGUGAAUUCCUUACUGAGUUCCGUUUUACACCCAUCAAAAAGGGCAUGGAGAAAUGCUGCUUACUGGCAUGCUCCUUGUGGCUUGUUCAGCCCUCUUCUUACAGAACCUAGGAACAAAAGACACCAAGGCUUAGCCUUCCCACACCAAUCAUUAAUCAAGAAAAUGUACCAUAGGCUUUUCCAUAGGCAGUCUGGUUGGGGCAGUUUUCCCAGUUGAGGUUUCCUCUUCAAAACUGUGUUGACAUAAAAGUUAUCAAAGUUACUCUGGAUCUUUGGAACUUCAGACUUCCAAAGUUGACAUAGAAGUAGCCAGCAUAGUUACUUCUGUUAAAUUUGUGCCACUAAAGUACCAGUGGGUCUCAGGUAGAUCUCUGUUGCAGGUUGCUGGGUUUAUACAUGAAUGAGACUGAUGAUUAGUUUUCACCUCCAGCACUGUCUGUAGUACCUUUAAACACUAUACUAGUCAGCAGGAAUGAAAUUUUACUUGGGCACCAGUUUAGUUUCUUCAUGUUUGGUGAUAUAAGUAAGUUGUAUCUUCAAUAAUACAACUUGUGGAGGGUAACUAGUAGUCUUGCAAUAGCAUGUAAUGUUUGGGAAGAUCUGUGGGACCCCUUUAGCCAAUUUAAGAAAGAUAAACCCCAUUUUGAUACUUGGAUUUUUCUAGUUGGGUAAUGUUUCCCCAUUAUAUGAUAACUCCAUUUAGAUUGCUUUUAUGUAUGUAUAUAUUUUAGGAAGCUACUACCUUAGUAGGUUUCUAUGUGUCUCUUUUUGGGUUUUUUUUAAACUGGGUUUUGAAACUGUAGCAAAUCCAGGGUGUCCUCAAACUAACAGAGAUCUGCUUGCCUCUGCCUCCUGAGUGCUGGGGUUAAAGGCUCAUGCUGCCAUGCCCAGCUUGAUGUAGCUUUUUAUGAAGGCAGUUAGUGUUAAUUAUUACCCUGUUUCAUCUUCUGCCUGCCUUUUUCCCCCCUCCCUAUUUAAUCCUGUUCUUAUUUCCUCUUUAUUCCUUUAAGACAUUGUGUUUUAGUUCUCCUUCCUUUGAAGAUUCCCUUCUCUGUUCCUUCCUUAUCCUUUUCUAGCUAACUGCUGUCGGUAUUCUGAAUGAAAUACACACACUUAAAACUCACAAGAGAAAACAUUCAGGAGCCAUCCAUUUACCCAUAAACUUCAGAUAAACAUCCACUUACCUGCAAAUUCCACUUAAAAAAAAAGAGCUGUAUAGUAUUCCAUUGUAAAAGUUCACGUAAUAGUUGUUUAUUAUCCAUUCAGCACUUAAUGGAUGUUGAGACUAUUUCUAGUUUCUCAGUUUCUGUCUACUAUGAUUAUAGCAGCAAUGAACAUAGGUGAGCAUAGAUCUUUGUAGUAAGAAGCUAUCUUGAAAGGUACUGUUUCUCUGAAAUCUUAGCAUGUUUGUUUUGUUACUUGUAUGUAAGAAGGCUGAUUUGCAUGUUUUUAAUUUUGUAUCACACUACUUUGCUGAAAAAUAUUUAUAUGCUGUAGCUGUUUCCUGGUGGUGUCUUUAGGGUCCUUUAUGUAUAAAGUACUAUUGUUUACAGAUAGGAACUUUCCCCCCUUGGUCUUUUCCAGUUGUCUUAUUGCUGUAGCUAAAACUUUGCACACUAUAUCAAACAGGUAUGGAGAGAAGGGAUUUCGUUGUCUGGUUUGUGAUUUUAGUGGACUUUGGAGUUUCUUUGUUUAGAAUGAUGUUGGCUGUGGGCUUGCUGUAAUUUGCUUUUGUGUUCUGAUAGGUCCCUGGCAUCUCUAGGACUUUUUUUUAUUAUGAAAGGAUAUAGGAUUUUAUCAGAGGCCUUUUAUGAGGGGAGGAUAUGUAAUCGUACAAGCAGGUUGUAUGACAUUUUAGUGCAUAUGUAUCAUUAUAUUUUGUAAAAUCAUCCCCCUGACUGCCCUCACUUAUUACCCCUGCCCUGCCUCCUCUUUCCCUCCUUCAGAUAGACCCUUAGUUCUACUUUAAUGUUACAUGUUCCAUUAAUCUCUACAGCCCCUGCAAGAUCUCUUCCUUUUGGAUCAUGAUUCCCUUUCUCCCUGUCUGUCUGUCUGCCUCUCUCUCACAUACACCUACACAUGCACUUCCCUGCAGAUGUUAUGAUAUGAUUUCACUUAUCAUUAUGGUUGCAUAAAAUUCUGUUGAGUAUGUGAACCUCAUUUUCUUUUAUCUGUUCAUUUGUUGAUGGACAUUUAGGCUAGUUCCACUUCCUGGUGAUUGUGACUAGUGAAAUUAUAUGUGGUGCAUUGACUUAUUCAAGAGUUAUAUAGCUAGCUCAUGCAGUAGUUGUAUUUUCAGUUUUUUGUAUUUUAGUAGUUGUAUUUUAGUUUCUACACUUCUGUAGUGACUACACCAGUUUACAUUUGCACCGUCAUUGUGUAGUGAAGAGAGAAAUGGAGAGGAUGGCAGUACCUCUUUCUUCUACUUUUGCUCUAUGCAUCUUUGAAAGCCAGAUCGCCUUGACAUUAUGAUUUUUGAUACCACUCCGAGUGAACUUGCCGUAACUGUAAACAUGUCCCACAGUAUACCCUCAAUGAAAAAGUGUUAAGGACGUACAAUUCCAGAUUGAAAGGACAAUAUAUUCUAAAUCAUGUAGAUUUUUUACUCAUAAUUAUUAUUUUUAUUUAUAUCUUAAUUAAACAAUAAUGUGUAUAUUUCACCAGCAUGUGUGUUUGUGCACCAUGUGUGUGCUUGGUACCUAAAGAAGCUAGAAGAGGGCAAGUGAGCUGGAGGUAGAACUGGUUGUGAACCACUGUGUGUGUUCUAGGAGUGGAACCUGGGUCCUCUGGGAGAGCAGCCAGUGAUUUUAACCACUGAGUAAUUUCUCCAGCUCCAUCAUUAUCUUUUAAGUGACCAGUAAAAUUUGCACUUCUGCCUACUCUAUUCUGCCUUAGUAUCUACUGUUUAUCUUCAGACUGAAAUCGCCAAGAGAUUGAAUACCAUUUGUGCACAAGUCAUCCCAUUUCUGUCUCAGGAACAUCAACAACAGGUGGCCCAGGCUGUCGAACGUGCCAAACAGGUGACCAUGGCAGAGUUGAAUGCCAUCAUCGGGGUACGUGGCCUACCAGGUCUACCUCCUACACAGCAGCAGUUGCAAGCUCAGCAUCUUUCUCAUGGCCAUGGACCCCCCGUACCUCUCACGCCUCACCCUUCAGGACUUCAGCCUCCUGGCAUCCCGCCCCUUGGGGGCAGUGCCAGCCUUCUCGCGCUGUCAAGUGCUCUGAGUGGGCAGUCUCACUUGGCAAUAAAAGAUGACAAGAAGCACCAUGAUGCAGAGCGCCACAGAGACAGAGAGCCGGGCACGAGUAAUUCCCUCUUGGUCUCAGACAGCUUAAGAGGCACAGAUAAACGCAGAAAUGGUCCAGAGUUUUCCAGUGACAUCAAAAAAAGGAAGGUGGAUGAUAAAGAUAACUAUGACAGUGAUGGGGACAAGAGUGAUGACAACUUAGUUGUGGAUGUAUCUAAUGAGGACCCUUCUUCUCCACAUGCAAGUCCCACACACUCACCCCGGGAAAAUGGAAUUGACAAAAACCGCCUGCUGAAAAAAGAUGCUUCAGGCAGCCCGGCAUCCACAGCCUCCUCAGGAAGCUCUUCUUCCCUAAAAUCCAAAGAAGUGAGCCUGCAUGAAAAAGCCAACACGCCUGUUCUGAAAUCCAGCACACCAACGCCUCGGAGUGACAUGCCAACCCCGGGCACCAGUGCUACUCCAGGCCUCCGUCCAGGUCUCAGCAAGCCUCCAGCCAUGGAGCCCCUUGUCAACCAAGCAGGAUAUGGUUUUCAUUUGGAAUUGGUACCAGGGAGUGGAAAGUUCGGACUGAAGGAGAAAUCUUGGAUUUUAUCCAGAAAAUCUUCUUUUGAGAUUAAGUCAGCAGCUGGCCUGAGGACGCCCCUGGCAGUGCCUGGUCCAUACCCUGCCCCCUUUGGCAUGGUACCCCAUGCAGGCAUGAAUGGAGAGCUCACCAGCCCUGGCGCUGCCUAUGCAGGUCUACACAGCAUGUCUCCACAGAUGAGUGCUGCAGCUGCUGCAGCUGCUGCAGCUGUGGUGGCCUAUGGGCGCUCCCCAAUGGUUGGUUUUGAUCCUCCUCCCCACAUGAGAGUACCUUCCAUUCCCCCCAACCUGGCAGGAAUACCUGGCGGGAAACCAGCAUAUUCCUUCCAUGUUACUGCUGAUGGCCAGAUGCAGCCUGUCCCCUUUCCCCCUGAUGCCCUCAUUGGACCUGGGAUCCCCCGACAUGCUCGGCAGAUCAACACCCUCAACCAUGGGGAGGUGGUGUGUGCAGUGACCAUCAGCAACCCCACAAGGCACGUGUAUACAGGUGGCAAGGGCUGCGUUAAGGUCUGGGACAUCAGCCACCCUGGCAACAAGAGCCCCGUCUCUCAGCUGGAUUGUCUGAAUAGAGAUAACUACAUCCGUUCCUGUAAAUUGCUACCUGAUGGUUGUACUCUCAUAGUGGGAGGGGAAGCCAGUACUCUAUCCAUCUGGGACCUUGCAGCUCCAACCCCCCGCAUAAAGGCAGAGCUGACAUCCUCAGCCCCUGCCUGCUACGCUCUGGCCAUCAGCCCUGACUCCAAGGUCUGCUUCUCAUGCUGCAGUGAUGGCAACAUCGCAGUGUGGGACUUGCACAACCAGACCCUGGUGAGGCAAUUCCAGGGCCACACAGAUGGAGCCAGCUGUAUUGACAUUUCUAAUGAUGGCACCAAGCUCUGGACAGGCGGUUUGGACAACACUGUGAGGUCCUGGGACCUGAGAGAAGGGCGGCAGCUGCAACAGCAUGACUUCACUUCACAGAUUUUCUCCUUGGGAUACUGUCCAACUGGGGAGUGGCUUGCUGUGGGCAUGGAAAGCAGCAAUGUGGAAGUUCUGCAUGUGAACAAGCCUGACAAGUACCAGUUACACCUCCAUGAGAGCUGCGUGCUGUCCCUAAAAUUUGCUUAUUGUGGCAAGUGGUUUGUGAGUACUGGAAAAGAUAACCUCCUCAAUGCCUGGCGGACACCGUAUGGAGCCAGCAUAUUCCAGUCCAAAGAAUCUUCAUCAGUGCUUAGCUGUGACAUCUCUGUGGAUGAUAAAUACAUAGUCACUGGCUCAGGGGACAAAAAGGCUACCGUUUAUGAGGUCAUCUACUGAAAACACUAUGGCUUCAUAUUUACAGUUGAAUUGGGCCAAAUGUUUGGAAUUUGUAGAAAUAGAAAAGUUAUAAUUUAAAACACAAAACAACAACAAAAAACAAAUGAAGAACCUAUUUCUAAACUUUGACACAGAACUGCUUUGAAUCUACAAAGAGAAGGCAACAAGUUUAUCAAUAGACAGUCACCUGUCUACAUUUGGGUACCACACAGAGGCCAUAGGUGUGGGAUAGAGGAGCAAGCUGCUGAUGUCGGUCAUGACUUGCCCAAUUGUGAGCUUACCUUUCUGUUCCUUGCAGUUCGCUUCACGUUGAGUCCUUUGUAGAGCAGUGGUGUCUUCAAUGAGCUUGUUUCUUGGUUUUGCAUCUUGUGAUUUUUUUUUUCUUUUUUUAUUUUUGUUGAUUCAACAUUUGUAUAAAUUGUAAAUAUAUUUGGUUUAUUACAGUAAAGCCUUUAGUACCAGUAA